CCACCACCUCCUCCUCCUCCUCCUCCUGUUCUUCUCCUUCUACUCCGUGUAUUCUGGAUUUGGCUGCGACGACUACGUCUACGUUGACGGCUAAAGCUUCGGAGGCUUCGCCGACGGCGAUGAUGGCGGUGUCUUCGUCCUUUUCACUUGGACGACGACGGGCCCACCUCCGAACGUUCCUAACGUUCUGCCGCACCGUUAAAACGUCAAACUUUAUCACGAAAACAUGGUAUCUCUCAACCGAGCACGAUGGAAGGGACGGGUGAGAGAGAGGAUAAGAGACCACCACCGCUCUCUUCUUUGCCACCGAGACUCGAUGACGUCAUAUCUAGCGGCCCAAGAUGGCGGCCCCGCGACGGCGCGGCCACCUUUCUCCCCUCCGCACUCCCUCCCGCGCUUCCUUCCUCCCUCCCUCCCUCUAUCUUUCUCCCACUACUCCUUUCGGUUUUCCUAUACUUUCCGAAACCAAUGUUAAAAGUGAUUAAUAAUGCUUAGUUAUUAUGCAAUUUAUAUAAGUUCUUUAUAAAUGUAAGAUACUACAAAUAAUUCUAUAUUGUAAAUUUCAUUUUUUCGAUUAAUCGUCACGAAAAAGGGAACAAGAAAACGAGCUCGUCGUGUCAAGAAACAUCGAUCAAAACUAAACAGCUUUCAAGAAAUAAAACAAGAUGUCAUCCAUUUCUCAUGUACCCAGAAUAAAUCAGCUGGAUGCCACUCUCCUGGAUAACGAGAUUGAUAAAGUUUUUCAGAAUCAGGUAAAAGAAGUCUUUAAAUUUUGUCCACCUGGUAAAGUCGACAAAUGGCAACCAGAGAUUAAAGCUCUUCUUAAAAUUCUCAUUUGGAGUUUUUCCUUGAGAUCCAAGAGCUCUACGUUUGGACAACAAAUGCUUGAUCUUCAUUACGACAACUUGAAUAGAAAAAAAUCUAUAUUAUUCCUAAUUUUAAAUCUCCUGCCGGAGUAUAUUAUAGGUAGAGUAAUAGACAACAGUAUAAUAUCGAGUCACAAAAAAAUGAGCAAGCUUAAAGUUUAUUUAAAAUGGAUAACAACCCUUAUACGCUUGUUAGAAUUUAUAAAUUUGGUCAAUUUUUUACAUCGUGGAACGCAACCUCUGUUGAUAGAAAGAUUAUUAAAUAUUUCCAGUAUUUCUACCAAUCCGCAUAAACCAAGGAGCAUUGGUUAUUCUUAUAUGACUAGAGAACUUCUUUGGCACGGUUUAAUAGAAUUAUUUACAUUAGGAAUUCCUAUGAUAAACUAUCAUUAUUUAAAACAAAAGAUAAAACUGCUUUGGAAUUAUAGAAAGCAAGACAAAAUUAAAAGAUCAUUUCCAAUUAUGAAUGAGUCUACUGUCUGCGCUUACUGUAUGGAGAAACCUAUUUUACCAACCCAUGCUGGUUGCGAACACAUUUUCUGUUAUUAUUGUUUGCAAGCAAAUUUUACUGCAAUGAAGAUGUUACUUUGUCCAGAGUGCAAUACCGAAUUACACGACUGUGAUAUGAAAAAUUAUGUUGCUCGGCCCUACCGCUACAAUCGAGGAUAAUAAUUUAUUGUGAUUCUUUCAAAAGUUAGUGUUAAUUUCAUUUUAUUAUGGAGAUAAUCUUUGUAUAUUUUUUCAUGGUAUAAAUACUGUUACAAAAAGGUUUACGAUGCAUAUCUAUGUAUAUAUUUUUUUUUAUUAAAAAAUAGCAAUACAAAAU